AUGGCGCGAUCCCCGCCCGCCCCCACCAGCCCUCCAGGAUCCAGCCCCAAACCCCACCUGCUGAUUGUGGGGUUUCUGGAGCAGCAGCCUGGGCUGCAGGGACCCGCCGAGACCCGGCCCCAGGCCCUCAGGAGUGAGGGCUCAAACCCCAAGGUCACCUCCGCUGGGGCCCAGGAUGACCCUCCAGAGAGCGAGCGGGUCUUCACCCCCGGGGCACGAGGGUCUGCCUUCGACUCGGGGACAGGCGAGCCCAGCUCUCGGACGGACGGACGGACGGACGCUGACCCAGUGGAGCUCAGAAGGGACCCCGAGCGAGGGUUCAGGGGGCCGACCGUGACCCUGGCCGGCACCGCCCUGGCCGGGCCGCGAUCCUCGACUCUGCAGCCCCUGCCUCACCCCCGUCUCUCCCCUUCUCACCCCCAGAGGAAAUCCAAGAUCACUGCCUCCCGCAAGCUCAUGCUGAAGAGCCUGAUGCUGGCCAAGGCCAAGGAGUGCUGGGACCAGGAGCUGGAGGAGCGCGAGGCCGAGAAGUCCCGCUACCUGGCCGAGCGCAUCCCCACGCUGCAGACCCGCGGCCUGUCCCUCAGCGCCCUGCAGGACCUGUGCCGGGACCUGCACGCCAAGGUGGAGGUGGUGGACGAGGAGAGAUACGAUAUCGAGGCCAAAUGCCUCCACAACACCAGGGAGAUUAAGGACCUGAAGCUGAAGGUGCUGGACCUCCGCGGGAAGUUCAAGCGGCCGCCGCUGCGCCGGGUACGGGUCUCGGCCGACGCCAUGCUGCGGGCCCUGCUGGGCUCCAAGCACAAGGUGUCCAUGGACCUGCGGGCCAACCUGAAGUCGGUGAAGAAGGAGGACACCGAGAAGGAGCGGCCGGUGGAGGUGGGCGACUGGCGGAAGAACGUGGAGGCCAUGUCGGGGAUGGAGGGCCGCAAGAAGAUGUUCGAUGCCGCCAAGUCACCGACCUCCCAGUAGAGGCCGCUCGCUGCCCCGGCUCCGGGCGCCUCCUCGGCCUGUCCCUGCACC